AGAACAAUUUAAUAGUUUUAUUUAUAGUGUAUGAUUUUUGUAGCAUAAUAUAUACUACAGUGGACGGUCUUUUAAUACUUUUUAGCUCUUGUUAGAUAAAGAGAGCACGGAAAGUGAAGCGACGUCGUUUUGGGUUUAGGUGGGAGAAGGUAUGUCGCUGGUAGACUACGACGAUUCUUCAUCAUCCGACGACGAUGUCUUACCUGCUGCGGCGGAGCACAAGGAAGCUCUCCCACAACAACCGCAACAGAAACAUAAACCCUCUCCAGCUCCUUCAAUUACACGGAGAUCUUUAAAGGAGAAGGGAAAAAGUGAAGAGCUUCCUCAGCUACCAGAUGCUUUACUUCUUCUGGAGUCACCGAGACUCGCACAUGUGAGUGGAAAUGACCAUGCCUCCGUUGUUGCAGCUGCAAUGGCCGAGAGUGCAUUACGGAAACGAGAGUUCAAUGGGAAAUCUUCUUCUCUUCCUCGUCGUUCCAAACUACCAAAGGGGAAUCUGCCUCAUUCCAAGAAUAGCCCAGAUACUUUGGGUAACGUGCUUGUGCCUCCUCAGCUCAAAGGAAGGAGCAAUGUUGCCACAGAAGAUAUGAGCAGGCUUUUUGUGAAAAAACGACUAGACUCCUCCAAGGCAAGAUCUCCUGAUCAGGGAUAGUUUCCGUCAAACUUAGAAUGGUUUUGUUUCUUUCCGACUGGUUCCGUAAUACAGAGUGUGAUGUAAAUUAACUUUUGCAUAAAAACAUAUUUUUUAAUAAAGAAAAAGAGCUCUGAAAACAAA